AUGCCUUUAGCUGCAGCAAACGCCAGCUCGGCCAGUCACGUUUGUCUUUGUCAAUGUGGCACAGAGCAAACUUUGGAACCUUCGAGGUUCCGUUCCGUGUCGUGUGGUGUGGGGUGGAUUCUUACCUCAGCUACCCCCUGUUCUCGUACCUUGAUCUCCACAAGCGUCAUUUUCCAACCUCCCAUCAUCAUCCAUUUCCAACAUCACUUCUUCUUUUCUAUCGCAUCCCAUCAAUUGCAUCGGCGCAUACUAUCCGAAUUCAUUUCUGAGGUCGCGAGCCUUUCAUACAUACAACACCUCAUAUCUUUUACCUUCUUCAUCAUCACGUUCACGACCGAGCUCAGCUCACGUACGUCAUACGGGAUCAACAUGUCCGGACAGGUAGAAACAGGAGACAAAGGUACGACAGUCAUCUUUACAGGACGAGUUCCUAUCAUAUAUUGGAGAACCCAAUGGCUAUGAUUCCUCCUUUCAAUGAAUACUAUCUGCUUCAAUCGCACUGUUUGAGCUCGACUUUUUUAACUCCGAAACACGCCCAUCAUAGGCGUCUUGGAGUUCGGAACUCGUACCCCGCUCUCGACGUCCAUCUCAGCCCCAAAUUGCUAACAGAUUUUCAAAUAGUUUCUUGGAAAUGGGGCGGUGGAAACCCUUCAGGAACGGCCGCUGAAGUCAAGCCUGACAAGGUUUCCAUUACUACUAAACGCGGAAACGAGGUCACCAGGAAUGGUGAAGAGGGCAAUCCUGCGGUUCACAUCGAGCGCAGUGGCAAUGAUGUCGUCAAGAAGGCUAGCGAAUUGACGGUCGAGAGGAAAGGUUCCGGCUCAGGAUCGAACAAGCAGAAUGGAACUUCCAAGGAGAAGAAGGAAGAAAAGGCCGACGAGAAGGCAGAGAAGAAGAAAGAAGAAGAGAAAGAAAAGGCUGCUGAAGCUAAGGAGGACAAGUCGGAGGAGAAGAAAGACGAGGCUAAGGCCGAUACCAAUGGAAAGGAAGCUCAACCAGGCGAGAAGCGCAAGGCUGACAAGAAAGCCGACGCUGCUGCCGAGAAGAAGCAAGAGAACGGCGAUAGUAAGAAGAAGCAAAAGACCGAUGCCAAUGGCACGGCUGUAUCGACCAAUGGUGCCGGCGAGAAGAAGAAGCCUGGUCGACCAAAAUGUCAAGGUGGUGCGGCGAAGAAGGAGAAGAAGGAACCUGCAGUUGGAAAGGCGCAACGAAAGACUCGUAGUCAAGGCGCCGCUUAAAAACAUGUGUGUUUGGUGAUUUCUUUGUACUGGCGAUUGUUUUUCUUGGUCUUGGUUGGGGUUGUUGACUUGGCUAAGUCGGUUUGGUACACACGGCACAUUGGAUCGGAAAAGGGGCCGGGCUGGGUUGGGCUGGUAUCAUGGUAGGAGGUGGUGAUCUUAAAUUGUUUGUAUAUAAUUUUAUAUUUUGUCUUGGAUUAAAAAUGGUGCUCAGUAAUUCAUUCAUUC